AUACCUUUCAAGCAUGAAUGUUCAAGCCCAUAGUGUCCUCUAUAUACUAGGACAAAGAAAAAACAGCAUCCUUCACUAUAAGAAAGCAUUUUUUUUCCUCUCUUCUUAUUUAAGAAAAUUACAGGCUUAAGUAUUGAAGGACCACCUUGAAUCUUACACAGCUUGAGUUCACCAAUGGGGUUGAUGGAAGAUUCCAAAGAUGAGGGGACAUGUGAAGGGUGAACCAACUCAAUAAAUAAAGAAGGGAAUGUUGCUCAAUCUGCAUUUAUUGGAUAUAAUGUAACAAUUAAUACAUCAUGCCAUCGGAAAGUAGCGUAACAUCACACGCAUAAAGUUAAUCAAAAUUAUUUAAUAUUUUUAUACCAAAAUAAAAAAAGGGGAGAAAAAUUCGAACAAAAAGAGGGGGGAGGGGGGGUACCCUAUUAUGCCCAAAAUGCGAACAUCAAUAAAGUGACAUGAGGCAGCAUCAUUUUCAUCGAAGUGUAGUUCUCCACAACUUGGAAGGUGAUCAUCUCCAAUUUUCCAUCAUGGCUACUGAGACUUCUGCAUCUGAUCAUGCUUCUACUACUGAUGAGCAUUAUGUGAAGAAGGAAAAGGACGAGUCCAUUGCACAAAAGAUCGCUUCUUUAGCAAAUGAAGAUGAAGUCAAACAUGACAAUACUCCUUCAUCUAAGACAGAAGAAGAUGUGGUGAAGGCAGAGCUUGCUGCAGCUGAGGUCGAAAAAUCCGACGAUUCUCUGGCGUUAGAGGCUUCUGCUGAAGAUAGUGUGAAACAUGACAGGGUUGAGGAAGCACAAAGUGCAACACCACCCCCAACAGAAGGAGAUGAUCACAAGGUUGAGCCUGCUGUUGCAGUAGAAAAGAUUGAAGAUUCUGUGCCAUCAGAUGAAUCUGUCGUUGCAGUUGAAGAUAGUGUAAAGGAGGAGAAGGAAGUGGUUCCUGACUCACACACUAUCAGUGACAUUGAACCAGUUCAUCAGGCACCAUCCACAGAACAAGCUGUGGAGAAAACACUAUCACAGGAGCUAGAAAAGGAACCUGUGGAAACAGAUGAAGAGAAACAAGUACAACCGAAGGCAGAAGACGUUCCAGAAGCAUCGGCUUCAGCCGUUGAAAAACCAAGCAACACAGAUGAGACUAGUCCUCUGACAGAAUCAGAAGGAGAGGUGGUGAAAGAGGCUCAAGUUUUGGAAACAAGUGCCCAAGUGGAAGAGCAGCCUGAGACUGAGGCUGCACCAGUGCAGGAAAAACCAGAAAAAGAGCAACCGAGCACGGUUGUUGCGGUAUCUGAGCCGGUGGCUACAGAAGUAGAGGAAAAAACAGAAGAACCAGAAAAAGAAUUGCAAGAAGCUGAGAAACCAAGCAUAGUUGCAGUUCCUGAGCCUGUGGUUACAUUAGUUGAGGAAAAAACAGAAGAACCAGAAAAAGAAUCGCAAGAGGCUGAGAAACCGACCACAGUUGCGGUUCCUGAGCCUGUGGCUACACAAGUGGAGGAAAUAACAGAAGAAUCAAGUGCAGUUGGGGUUCCUGAACCAUCAGCUGAAAAGAAAUCGAGUGAUACCAUAGAGGAAAAAGCAACAGGACCCUCAGAAGAUGUGGUGGAAGAGACCAAGAACAGUGAAACAGGGCCUUUGGAAACAGUGGAAGCAGAACAUGUGGUUCCUGAAGUUGAUGAAAGCCAGACAGAACCAGAAAAGCAAUCAUUGGAACAAAAGGAAGAAGAGGAGAAACAAGACACAUCUGCAGUUCCUGAAUCCUCAGAAGAAAGUGGUGAUGCCAUAGAGGUAAAAACAAGAGAACUAGAAUUUGAGGCAGAGGUAUUGAAAGAGACUAACAACUCUCAAACAGAGAAAGCAGAACCUGUGGAAGCUAAAGUUGAUGAAAACCAGAGUCAAACAGAGAAAGCAGAGCCCGUGGCCGCCAAAGUUGAUGAGAACCAAAGUGUAAUAGAGAAAACAGAGCUUGUGGCUGCUAAAGUUGAUGAAAACCAAAGUGAACCAGAAAAACAAGAGGAAGAAGAGCAGCCUAAGACAGUUGUUCCUGAAAUUGAAGCUGAAAGUGAAGAGCAACUAGAAAAUAUAGUGGAGGCUUACCCUCCCAAAGACUCAGUGAUUGAGGAGGUAAAAGACACAGACAAUGGCAACUCAGAGCCCAAAGCAGUUCCUGAAAAAACAGAGAAACCAGUACUUCUGUCAACUGAAGUGGAGGAAAAGCCAAGAGAGCAACUACAAGUAGAUGAGGAAGUAGCAGAAGCUGGUAAGGAAGUGGAGACUAAGCAAGAAAUUGUGCUUGAGACUGCCAAGAGUGAAGAAACUUCGGCUGGCACGGUCACAGAAGAGAAAACUGAUAAAGACGAGGAAACUAGCCUCACUGAAAAUGCUGAGCAAGUUUUAUCAAAUGUGGAACCUCAACAAAAUCCUGGGGAAACUUCUCCAGAAGUUGUGCUUGAGACUUCCAAGAGUGAAGAAACUUCAGCUGACACGGUCACAGAAGAGGAAACUAGUUUGACUGUAAAUGCUGCACAAUUUUCAUCAAAUGAGGAACCUCAAGCAAGUAUUGUGGAACCUUCUCCUGAAGCAGCAGAAAAGGUUGUUGAAGAGGUUGAUGACAAGAAAGAAUCAAGCAUCACUGACGUGAUUGAAGCAGUAUUAAACGAAGCGGCUGACAUCAAGAAAACUCCAGAACAAGCCUCCAUUGAUGAGGAAGCCAAAACUGAGCUAAAAGAAGAAAGAGAGAUUUCUGUUCCUGCUGCUGUGGAGGAAAAGGUUGUUGUUGCUGCAAUUGAUGAUGUUGACAAGAAGGAACCUGAAGCACCUAAUGUUUCCCCUGAAUCCUCACAAGAACAAGAGUUUGAAAGCAAAAGGGUUGAGGAACAGAAUGAGGCAAAGGCAGCUACAACUGAAACAGUAGAGAGUGUGAAAGUUGAUAAUGAUAGCUCAAUAGUUGAUGACAAGAAGGAAGAGAAAACUGACUCAAAGGUGGAAGAAAUCUCUAGAGCUAUUAAUGAGCCUGUUAGAGAAACAUUGGCAUCUAAAUUUGAAGAGGAAACUGUUGAACCUGGAGCGGAUAAGGUAGAGAAAGAACAAACUGUGGAGCCUGAGAAAACUGAGGAGGUUCAAGCCACCAAGGAAAGUGAUGCAACAAAAACAUCCAAGGACCUUCCAAAAGAAACUCCAGCAAAACCAGCUCAAAAGCAAUCAAAUAACAUCAUAUCAAAGGUUAAGCAGUCACUAGUGAAAGCAAAGAAAGCUAUCACUGGGAAAUCUCCAUCCUCCAAAAACCUUUCCUCGGAUGCUAAGGGCGAUAUUAAAGUCAAAUAAUGGAACUGAGUGAACAAGUUUGCAGCAUUUACGUAUUUGCUUUCUUUCUUUUUUUCGUUGUCGUGGUGCAUAGCAUUAUAGCAUAUUUGUUGGUUUUUAUACAUUGUAAUUUUUCUCUUGAAUUUGUUUGAAUGCAAAAGGGUGUGCAGAGUGUAGUGUAUAUAGAAGAUGAACUAGGCCAUGCAUUAGGCAGUGCUGUAAAAUUUGAUUGUUUUGUUCUGUUUUAUUCUUUUGGAUAAUAUGCAUUGUGCUUUUUGUUUGUUGUUGAUAAACGAGAAAGGCAAUUUUAACUUGUGUAUAGUUUACUUGUUUGAA